AUGGAAGGUGAAUCGACAAAACUAAUAAAAAAUUUAACCGAAUGGAGAUUUAGCCAGUAUCCUAAAUAUAUUCUACUGCCAAUAGAUGAAACUCAUGAAGAUGUAAAAACGAAUAUAAAAAAUAUAAUUUAUUCCGAGGUAACCCCUCGGCACUUGGAGGGAAACGUUCGUCUCGUAUGUGCGUCUGAAGAUGCCUUAAAUAACAUUCUGGACAUGGACAUGGAAUUAACAACUCGAGAAGAGUUCGCCGAAUUCAUAUCUGGCGCGAAAUUACCUUACGGCGCUUUGCCCGUUGCACAUCGUUAUGGUGGUCACCAAUACGGUUUGUGGCUAGGACAGCUAGGCGAUGGAAGAGCUCACAUUUUAGGAGAAUACGUGAAUAGGCAUAAUGAACGGUGGCAAGUCCAAUUGAAAGGAUCCGGUCUGACCCCGUACUCCCGCGUCUACGACGGGAGAGUAGUGCUUCGCUCGGCGGUUAGGGAAAUGGUGGCGUCUGAAGCCUGUUACUUCCUGGGAAUUCCCACGACCAGAACGGGCGCUCUAGUUGUGAGCGAUGAUACCGUAAUGCGAGACGUGUAUUACACGGGCGAUUUACGUCGCGAGAAGGCAGCUGUACUACUACGGUUGGCACCGAGCUGGUUCCGAUUUGGCUCCUUAGAGAUCCUUUCAGAAAAUGGGGAAGUUCCAGUGUUAAAGCAACUGGUCGACUUUAUUAUAAAGGAAUAUUUUCCCGAAAUUCAGUUAUCCGACGAGAACAGGUUUAUUCGGGUGUUUUCAGAAAUUGCGCAUAGAAGUCUGGAUUUAGUAGCUAAAUGGCAAGGACUUGGCUUCACUCAUGGCUUGUUGAAUACCGAUAACAUGAGCCUAUUAGGCCUCACCAUGGAUUACGGGCCGUUUGGAUUCGUAGACUCAUAUGAUGGUGGUUUCAUCGCAAAUUCUUCCGAUGGAGAAGGGCGAUACGCACUUUCGAAGCAGCCCGAUGUCGUAGUGUGGAAUGUUGGCCAACUCGCUGACGCCGUGAAACCGUUGCUCUCUCCUUCGCAACAGAUUCAUUUGUCUCACAUAUUGAAGACAUUAGACACAUACGUAAAAAAUAAAAUUUUAGAAACAUUUUUAAUGAAAAUUGGUUUACGAGAAGAGAAAUGGGGAGAUGACCAACUCGUAGAAAAGCUUUUGGACAUGAUGCAACAGACCGGCGCAGACUUUACCGCGACAUUCAGACAAUUGGCUGAAUUGGAGCCUAAUGAAAUGGUAAACGACAUAAAGUUAAAAGAUAAGUGGUCUUUAAAACGGCUGUCAAUGCACGUGUCUUGGGGAUGCUGGUUGGAUCAGUAUCGAGAAAGAUUGGACAAAGAAGCGGACGCAAGUUCGUUAGGUGUUUUUGAAGAUGAGCGCCGUCGCAGAAUGUUAAGCGUGAAUCCGAUAUACGUACCGAGAAACUGGAUGCUGCAUGAAGCUAUUUUAGACGCCGAAUGCGAUGAUUUUGUAAAAUUAAACUUCCUUCUAGAAGUAAUGAAGAGACCUUUCGAUAAUCAACCGGAGGCGGAGGCGAAGGGGUUUUCUGCACAACCCCCACACUGGGCGUACGCUUUGAAAAUAAGCUGCUCUACCUAA